GGCAACUUAAAAAAAACGUCAUUUUCGUGCGCCGGCAGAAGGAAAUCUGUGGCGCGCGGAAACGAACAGUCGAAUUCAAUAACGUUUUUAUUUUGGGAAGUUUUGCUUCAGAAUGUCUGAAAGCAGAGUGACAACAUUGAAGCUUAGCACUCUGUCACAAGCAGAAAAACAUCCAGUUCAUUUCCUACCAUGUGAGAUUGAGCACAACAGAGAGGCGAAUGUUGACCGCUAUUUCAUUCCUGCCAUCAACAAAAACAAAAAUGAAAUGACAGUGUCUUUUCGAGGCCGGGCUUUGAAAGGGCAAGAAAUAAACUUGCCUCAGGGUUACACUGGAUUGGUGUUAAAGGAGGAUCACAGGCCAAUUUCAGAUGAAGAGGACAGGACCCUAAGAGUCAAAUCCACCUUUAAUUCUUUGACAUACUGGAACCUGGAGACGCAGCCUACAACAGAUGACACAAUCGUCAUGGCAAUGAAUUGGCCAGAUAUUGCUGCAGCGAUUCAUGGAGCAGUUGAAGAUUAGAACAUCACCUGGGAAUGCUGUUAUUUGAAGAUGGACAAAUAACUAGAUUUUUAGGCUUUGUUUACACUGAAAUCUGCUUUUUUAAUUAAUAUAGAAUUUUUUUU